AUGAUUUUUGCGGAUGGCUGUAGCCAUUUAGAGGCCCGAGUCGGACCGCCCCCUCUUAAUCUGCCACUGGUCCUCAGGUGUCAUGUUAGUUCGUCGUUGUGUGUUGUUUUGCUAACCGGUGGCGGGUACCGUUCAAGGGGUGGCGGGGACAGUAGCCUGGAGCGUCUGGUCGAGUGCGUGCGCCUGGGCGUGGAGUCCGGCGGCGGGGGCGUGCGCGUGCGCGCGGUGCUCGCGCUGCUGCACGCGCACGCGCUGCCCCGCGCGCACCAGCACGCGCCCGACCUAGCGCGCGCUGCGCACAGGCUACUAGCCAGCGUGCUAAUACAUCGUUGGCGAUAUUUCUUCACUGCUAAAUGUGAGGGCGAGGAGAGCGCACGGCGACUGAACGAGUUACGCGAAGCACUAUCAGCACUGGGCCGGUCCCUAUUACAGCCUGAUAUAGAGUUACUUCGCAUCAAUAUAGAGACGCUGGAUGCACUCAACUCUAAAUGGAAACUUUACCACAAGGUAAAUUACUGUGACACUGUAUAUGGACCUUGUCUUAUGUCUAGGACAGUCAGACUUAUACAGCGCAUACAAAAUGCUUGUGCGCGAUUCUGCUUUCAUGUGCCACCUCGCACUCAUGUCACACCUUUCUUGAAUACUGCCAAUUUGCUCAAAAUGGAGGCACGUAGAAAGCUUCAUCUUGCAACUCUAUUAUAUGGUGUUAUAGAAACAAAAAGACCAAGCUACCUUUAUGAUAAGUUGACCAUAUUCCGUAACGAGUUCCUGUCCGAGUUCCUGUCGGUGUUGUUGGCGAGUUUAUCGGAGGGUGGUGCCCGCGCGUUGCUCCGCGAUGAGGUGGUGGCGGCGGUACACAGUAUGGCGGCGGUGGACUUCCACACGUUCCGCGCCGCGUUCUUACCUCACUUCCUCGCGUCACUACCGGGUCUUGCGCCUCACCAUCGCGAGAUGCUCGCCGACUUUCCACCGGAUACGGAUUUGCCAACAUUCACUCAAAAUAUACAAAAGCUGAUGAACGACGUGAACUGUUACCGGGCAUAUAAUGCGCUAUCUCCACCAGGCAUGUCCGGAUAGCACACGUUUCCACCUACCAGCUGAGAAGCGAUGGACUAUUGACCAAUUAUAUCAGGGCUGUGAUAUCUAUUUUCACUUAAAAUUAAAUACCCUUUAGUAUAAGAAUGAGUCUAAUGAAUAUUUCUUAACUGAGAGUUCUUUAAUGAGAA